GUUUUUUUUUGGAUUAGGAACUUUUGAAGUUUUGACGCGCAUUGACGGUUGAACUUGAACAAAAGCGUUUAUUCAUACUUCUUUCUUUCUGCCAUGUGACGUGCCUAAUUAAUGUGAAUGUGAAGAAGAUAAUUUUCUCUCGAGACUGUCGCCUUAGUUGGAAAUCACCUCAAUCUUUCCGUUUAUUACUAACUGUAACUAGCCCCUCAAGUGCCAAGCUCGGUCUCUGUAUCCAUAGGACAUAGAGCAAAGCACCACGCCGUUCAUUUGAAGACUACACCCGAAAUAAAGAAGAGAUGGAAGUUUCAAGCAAAGAAAAUAUAGUCGGUUUGACCAGCAACCGAUCCCUGAUCAAAGCUGGUGUCACUCAAUCUAUCAAGAAACCUGCAUCUACCAAAAAAGCCCUAGCAGAUGUUGGAAACAUACUCCAUUCUGCCAAGAAAAGCUCGCAGGAAGUUGUCAAACCGGGCUUCUCUGGUCAAAAAUUAGAAAGCACAAAAAACUUCAAAAUUUAUGUAGAAGAACAGGAUGUCAUAUUCUCUCCUGCUCCUAAGAAAUCUAAUCCCAAAAGAAUUCCGCUGUCUCCUAUAUCGGGCAUCAAAGUAGCUGCCAAUCUGAAUCCUAAUUAUCAGUAUGAUGAUGACAAUGAAGAUCCUCAUCAGGAUUGCCCAACUACGCCUUAUAAUGAUGAUUUCGAUGAUUUAUUACCUCCAUCUUUAAGAUUAAAUUCAGAUGACAUAGACUCUUUAGCAAUGCUGAAACCCCCUGAAGAAUCUUGGGCACCUAAGUGGAAGAGUGAUCUCUCUACAAUCUCUGUUGAGUCAGAUUUAGAUGAUUUUAAUGUUCCGUUUCCUAGUCCUCCUAAAUUUGCUGAUUUUGAUCUUCCAUUCAAUGAAUUUGUGGUUCCAGAAGUUAACUUUGAUGAUUCCUUCUAAAGCACCAAUAUUCUCCUUCUGGCCUUGCCUUGCCUUGCCUUUUAAUCAAUGUGUGUAUAUCUGUCUGAUAUUUUAAACAGUUAUCUUUUUUUUUAUAAUCAUUUUUUUAACUGAAACAUUUUGCCAUUUCACUGUGAAAUUUUAUAAGCCAAGUCAAUCAAAAAAGACCGAUAAUGACAAUAUUGCCCCUGUCAAGUAUUGAGGUUCAAAAAAAAGACUUUAUGAACUACUUUUUAAGUUCAAAAUAGUGUCACAGGGGUAAUCAAAUUUUUCUUUUAAAUUACCAUAACUUAUCAAGGAAACAAAUUUCUGCUGAAUAAAUGUAAGUGAAUAAAGCAACUUUAACCAAUAUUCUGAAUAAAUACUAUCCACGCAUCCUUUAUCCAAGAAUAUCAACAGCUGAUGUAUUUAAACCAUUUUUUACUACUUAAAGCUUCAAAACUUCGUGCAGUGUUUCACAUUUCAACUAGCCCAAGAUGUGUUUUUCAUUUUUUAUAUAGAACUAAAAAUAACAACUAGAUCAAUUUAACUAAUUAAUAAGAAGUAAUACUGGCACCCAUGGAACAAUAGAACUGAAACUUAAGUCAAAUAAAUCUUGUAGAGGUGUGGUAACAAUGUUGAUUAUGACAUUCAGAGGGAGAUAAUCAUCAGCAAAUCUCUAAGUUGCCUCCGCAGUGCAUGCUUGAGGAAUUCAAUGUAAUGAAUUGAAAAUUGAGCCGUACAGAAAGCGUUACUGUUGCAUAACCAAGAUCAUGGAUGGUUUUAUUUCAGCAGUAUUAUUUCCUAAGAAAUGGUACAGUAGAAAAAAUAGCAAAAUUUUUUAUUUUUGUGAUGAGGAGAAGUCUUAAUUAAGUUGCAGGUAUUUUAAUACACACUGUAAGGUAAUUUUUGUUUUAUAUGCCUCCAUAUCUCAAAAAAGAUGUCAGACUGUCCAGAUCAGUGAUAGUGUCUCAUAAUUUUGAAUUUUGUAAGAAUUGUCUUCAUACUGAACUGAAAUAUUUAUUAAAAAAUUGCAUUAAACCAAUGUGAUUUCAUCUAUAUUAACUGUUAAAGAACAAGCAGAGCAUUUAUACAGGUGAUACGACAUGAUCUUCAACUAUUCCUAAGAACGCAGCUGCUGAGGUUGCCCUUGUUGGUACCAGUGGUGUAUUGCUAAAGUAGCCUUUUCAUUAUUGUUUCUUAAAGAGGCCUUCAAAGUGAGUAUUAAUGUUUAAGUUAUAGUUUUUAAAUAAAAUCCAAUUUCAUUUUCCUAGA